AUGGCAGCCGUGCCGGGCGCGGAGGAGGGUGCCGGCGCGGCGCAGAGGAGGGCGAUGAUGCGGGCAGCAGCGCCGGGCGCGGAGGAGGGCACUGGCAUGCGCGCGGAGGAGGGUGGCAGUGCGGGCAGCAGCGCUGGGUGCGGAGGAUGUUUUGUUUGCUUCGUUUUAAACCACGCACUGGCACUGAGAUGGAUACACAACUUCCAGUCCAGAGCACUCAGCGUGACGGACCCGGCGGCCGACGACUGCGGAGCAGGCCUUACGCCAUGGCUUUCGCGCUGGCGUGCUUGGCGGCCAUGCCGCUCGCAUCCGCAGCCUCGGGUUGCCGGUAGCGGAGGGAUACUGCAUAUCCCUUCGGCCGCCUCACUAGCUCACUGCCCGUCCAGCUGCGGCGACGUCAACAUCUCCUACCCCUUCGGCAUAGGGGCCGGCUGCUUUCGACAAGGCUUCGAGCUUACCUGCAACAACCACACCACUCAGCCUCCAAAGCUGUUUUUGGGUAACAGCACAACUCAGAUUACUUACAUAUAUGGUGAUGGCACAACAGUUACAACCCCUAUGUUCUUCAACAUUACCUCGGGCGGAUCAGGUACGAACAACUACAGUAUAUCCUGGAACGCCCCAGCUAAGGGUAUAACUAUCCAAGAUUAUAAUGCUUUCUACACCCUUGGCUGUGAUUUCGAUAUCAACUUGUUCGAUCAUGUGGGGAACCCCAUCGGCUCCUGCAUGAGUAGGUGCCACGGCGAGGUAGUGCCUAAUCAAAGGCUUUGCAAUGGGAUCGGUUGCUGUUUCAUCAUGUUACAACACGAGAUCUCAGGCUUUCAUGCAACUAUUGUUCGGGCAGAUGCUAUGGCAGCACGAUCAGAUUCUAUGCACCCUGACAUCUUGGCUUUCAUGUCGGAUGAUUAUUAUACACAAAACGCAACUGAUCUUUUCUCAAGCUGGACAAAUACAAGCACGAUUGGGGACGCUAUACUUGAGGUUGCCAUCAUGGACCAACUAAGCUGCGAAAGCGCGAAAAUGAACAAAGCAAGCUAUGGUUGUGCCACCAACAGCAACUGUAGAAAUGCAUCAUCGUCAUAUGGGGGUUACCACUGUUACUGCUCCAGUUAUUAUCCCAAUCAGGGCAAUCCUUACCUUUUGGAAGGACGCUCGGCAGGUGCCCCCCCCCCGGCAGGCCCGGCUUUGGGCCUAGGCGGGAGGGGCGACCGCCGGGGGCCCGGCCGAAGGGGGCCCAACCGCCGUGCAUGCUGACAGCCACCACGCUUUGCACCGAGCGCGUGUCUCCUCUCGUUCUCAAUUCAUCCUCCUGUACGACAUCUGACAUCUUGCUUGCACUGCUGUUGGGAGUGAGCGUGGGAUUGGGAGGGAGCGCCUCUAUGCUUGGACCAAAGUCCUAAAGCUGUCGGGAGCUCAGUGUAUGUCUACAUUCUCAUCCUCUAGUAACCUGCUAGAGUUUUGGUGUGAUUUGGGGUUGAGUGUUUGAGAUCUUUUCCGUGCCUUGCUUUUGGUUGUACAGAAUAGGAAUAACAAGUGUAACUAGAAGCUCACAUUCUCUGCUAAAACAAUUGAACUUCAACGUUA